AUGUAUCGUAUGAAGAUUCAACUGUUCCUGGCAGCCAAUCCCGAGCACUGGUGUCACGUGACCGAGCUCGAUGGUUUGCAGACAGACUACGAUCUACGUAACGUUUCGAUCCCUUGGAUAGAGGAGAAGGACGGCGAAGGAAAAUACGCGAAAUGCUCCUACUACGACCGCGACUGGCCGGCCUUGCUCGCCAGCGGGGUCCUCAACGGGUCUUCCCCCCCGGACCUCCCCGCGAACGCCUCGGUCGCUUCCUGCGGGGCGUGGACCUACGACCACUCGGUCUACGAGAGCACCGUCGUCGAAGAGUGGGACCUCGUGUGCGACAACAAGUACCUCAUGUCGACGGUGCAGUCAACUUUCAUGGCCGGAGUGUUGACAGGGGCGGUCGUUCUCAGUGAGCUUUCGGACAAGUACGGCCGCCGCACCAUCUCCCUCGUGAGCGCCGUCGGUAUGCUGGUGUCCUCCGUGGCCGUCACCUUCGUCAGGCACUACGAGCUAUUCAUCACCCUGAGGUUCUUCGUGGCCGCCUUCGGGUCGGGCCUCUUCCUGCCCAACUUUGUCCUGCGUAAGUUAGAACCUGAAGAAAAGAUAGCACAGGAAAAGGUAAGGCCUAUUUGCAAAGAACUGCAUUCGUGCUUGAUAUUUGCAUGCAUGACCCUUACACCUUCCCUCGCCAGCAUGCCCAAGCGUGCAUGA